UGGAUGGACAGCCAGAGAAUGAUAAAAAAGUGUCAUCAGAGGUAUCAGUUAUAUCUGAUUCGUCACCUAUUCACGAAGUUCAUAAUCAGUUAAAACUAACAGAGCAGAUCGAAGAGGUACCAAAGCUCAUGAGUACAAAAAAUGGGCAGGCAUUAAUUCAAGAAAUUUCUCGUAACUUAGCUGAAUCCGCUACUUCUUCAUCUAUUCAGGAGAAUAGUUCCAUAUGCGCAUUGUCUCCCAACCCUCCAGAAAUUUCGCUUAUCUCGGAUCGUCCAAAUCGUAUGACCAAAAUCUCCGAAACUAUAGCUAAUUCAUCCUUAUCAGCCGAUGAAAAGGAAUAUAUAAAAAUGCUCACUAGGGGUAUUGAUGAUGAGACUCUUUAUGGGGGUACAUCAUACGAGAAUGAGGCUAAGAUAGAGAAAGAAGAG